UCUGAACGCACGCAGUGGAAAAACCAACAAUAUGCCGCCCAACGCUACACGAAUCGAUGCUCUGUUCCCUGUACCAUCACCACCACCGUCCCCGCUGUCCCCGGCGCGUUUACCGGGGGGCUCUCACGAGUCGAGUCUGGCACUGUGUCGGACACUGAUAGAGAACCACACGAAGCAUCAUGUCUUUUUUAACGAUAAGGGUUUCCACAACCAUAUUUCACACCACCUCCUUGCGAUUUAUCAGCUCGGGGCUAGCGGCCCUCUCCUGGAAGCUGCAUAUGAAGUACACGCGCCGAGCCAGCGCCCGGCCUUCAAGUCGCCAGAGGCCAUUACCAAAGACAACUUCCACGAACAUCUUGGCGAUGAAAAGUUCUAUAAUGCGUACCUCGAGUUCUUCUCCACACUAUUGCUGGACGAGGGCGCGGCGGCAGUCAUCGAAGAGUACAUAUUCUCUCCCAAGGCGAAUGUCCUAGCACCUGCGGUAGGACAGCCACCCCUGGGGAUGCUAGACCGUUUCCUGUCGGGCCUGCUACACCCACUCAUUCACGUGGGGUACGGUGCAGAGUUUGGCCUGCUUGGUAUGGUUGCGGAAGGUCUUGCACAGACGGCUGUGCACCCUCCUGAGGCACCUGUCCUAGUGCCACCGUCGCUUUUCAGCUACAUCGCUGAAGCAUCCUCGGAUUUGGCCAACGCAUCAGUGUCUCGUUUAACCGCGUUAUUGCCCUCCCUCGUGUUCGACAAUGCCCAACGCGUGCUCUCCGCUCGAGGCUUCAAGCAGGACAAAUCCAAGAUCCACGCGCUGACCAUUGUCGCACAAAUUCUGCACAAUCGUGACUUCGAACCAUCUGCAAUUGGCCUGCCACCAUCAGACGACGGAGAUGCGACUGCGUUCGAGCUCGUGUUGGAGAAGCGCGGGGAACGCAUUGUCAAAUUGGCACAGGCCUGGACCGUGGACGGUACCAACGCCGACGAGGUGGCAAGCAAGAUCGAGGAGCUCAUCUGGAUGAAUGUUGUUUUGUACGGCGCUGCUGGCUGGGUGGGCCGCAAGGAAGUCGAGAACGGCGAGUUCAAUGCCGACUUCCUCUUGCUACAUCUCGUCACCUCUUCCUUAUUCCUGCACUCGCUGACGGCGUACCUCUCCCCUACCUCCACCUCCAUCCUCCUCCGCACAUACCUCGCCAACUGCCUUGCAUGGUGGGUCGCACGCGGCCGGCCGCCGCUGCCCAUCCAGGACUUCUACGCCUCCGUCUCCGCGCACCCCGUCGAGCGCGGCGCGCCGCACACGCAGCCGGGCAAAGACACGCUCACGGCCUCCGAUCCCUCGCCGAACCCGUGGCUUCCGAUCCUGCAGACGACGCUCGGGCACCCGGACGACCACCUGUGCAAGCUGCAGCCUAUACCAGACUGGAACCCGUCGGGUUCGCGACUGGACCAGAUCUUCUACCACAGGAUUUGUACGUUGCGUAUGUAUGCUGAAUUGAUGGUGAAACGCGAGGGGAGCGAGUCAGAUUUCAACGAACCUGGGGCAAAGAAAUAA